AUGUCAAAAUUAGAUGCAUUCUCAGAUCACCUACCUGACGGGUUGACACGAGAAAUGAACUUCUACGACUCUUCCUUCUUCAAAGAGCCAGGAAAACACCUCCCGACCCCAGCGCAAGUGAAAGCUUUAUCAAAGGACGUUCACACGAGCCCUCAACCACAGCCCGUUAGAUUCAAGGAUUCCGAACUCCUCGUCAAAUUUGGCCCUUAUGUCACAACCACAGAAGCACAGUGUCUUUGGAUGAUCAAACGGACCUUUUGUGACGAGAUUCCAGUCCCCGAGAUUUUUGGGUGGCGAGUUGACGAGGAGAACUAUGUUUUUAUCUAUAUGGAGCUUAUCCAAGGACGGACAUUGUUGGAUCGCUGGACUGAGCUCACUGACCUGGAUAAAAGCUCUCUCCGCAAUCAACUAUCUCAGAUCAUGAAAACUCUACGCGGACUUGAGCAAGAUCCUUCUGAUCAGUAUAUCGGUUCCCUGAGCCGCCAGAAUGUUCAAGAUUAUGUCUUUCAAUCAUUCCCAAAAGCCGGCCCUUUCUCCACUGUUAAGGAGUUCAAUGACUGGUUUUCUUAUUUGCCACAAGAGUGGCUUCCUUUAUCGAAGAAAUACAAAGACCCCUAUAGUGAGCCAAUCAAUCCGAGUGGGAAACAUUCCGGUGUAAUGUCACGUGGAGUUCCUAAGGGGGGCUUCCAAGGACUACUACCCCAUAUCAACAUGGAUAUCUUCCAAAAGUACGAGGCCUUCAAAAAGAUUGAUGGCAAAAUGAGAUUUUCCUAUGUCCAGGUUUUUGUUCGGCAAGAUGGCAUAUUAUAUUCUGGAAAAUGGUCAAAUCGAUUACAUCCACCGGAGACCCUGGACGACCUCCAGGAAGUCAAGCAAAUCUCAACAGAGAACAGGGGCCCAGAGGUGAACGACACUUGGUCUGCAGUCUAUAUGAAAACACCAAGUCUCCUCGCAUAUGUUAAUACGAAUCUUGAUAAGCAAAUCACUCGCGAAGUCGAAAUAUGUGAGAUUCUUCGUAAGAACCCUCAUCCGAACAUUGCGAUCUAUUAUGGCUGCAUAGAGUCUCAUGGUAGAGUCUCUGGGCUGUGCUUCAAGCGAUAUACGUCCACGCUUCUUCAAGUGGUCAAUCCUCGACACCUGGGCAAAGUUGCUUUCCAUUCAAGUGGGCGCGAACUAGUGCGAGGGAAUAUGGAAACACGUUUAGAAGGAAUUUUGGCCGCCAUUAAACAUCUUCACUCGCUUAGAAUUGUCCAUAACGAUAUUAACCCCGCAAACAUCAUGCUGGACGAAGACGGCACUCUUAUUCUCAUCGAUUUCGAUAGUUGUCGGUAUAUCGGGGAAUCUUUGCGCAUUACCGGAACGAAAAGAACCCACCUUUGGCACAACCCUGCCGUCGAGAUUUCGCUUGAGAAGAAUGACCUUGACGCUUUCACAGAUCUACAAAUCUGGUUGACUGGUUCCUCAGAUGAAGACUUCAACUUUAAAUGA